AUGGAGCUAGUUCUCCUUGUCCUGACGUGUAUUUUGUGUAUCGUAGCAUUUUUUAUCUUAUUCCUUGAAGGUCGUGCAUGGAAAAAAUCCUCCCGGCGAGAUGGAAGGCAGGGGUUGUCAAAUAGACGUCGUCUUGGCAACUCAGCAGCCCGUCGAUAUCAACAACGGUCUGCCGUUUCCACCUCCCGAUCACCUCAGCUCAUGACGGAGUCCGAUUUUGAUUCCCUCAGUGAGGGCAGCGAUGACGAUGGCUCAACGAAAACAGAUUCUGAGGCAAAACUGCCAGUGAUGCUUCCUAAAAAGAAGGUAGGGGCUAAAAAAGCCCAAAAAUUGGCUGAAAAGGAACGUCGAAAGGAGGAACGCGAGAUGGAAGAGAGAUAUAGGGAAGCGAUGCGGAAGAAAGAGGACGAAGAAAUUAAGAAAAGAAAAGACACUGAAGCGAAAGAAGCUGCUGCCGAAGCAGCUCAAGCAGCGGCAGAAGAGAAACUGAGGCUAGAGCGGGAGAUGCGAGAGCAGGCCAAGUAUGAACAGCUGAAGGCUACCUUCUCCAUUGAGGGGGAGGGUGUCGGUAUUCAGCCUUUGGACGAAGAAGCCGAAAGGCGACUUAACCAUCAAUUUGUCGAGGCAGUUAAGGAAGCGAAACUGAUUUCCCUGGAGCGACUUUGCGUCAUGUUUGAUAUGAAAACCGAUGCCUGUGUGGAGAAGAUCCAGUGGUUGAUUUCAGAGGGUGCACUGAGCGGUGUUCUGGACGAUCGUGGCAAGUUCCUGUGUAUAGAACCCAAGGAAUACGAGGCAAUUGCCAAAUUCAUCGAACUACGUGGUCGCGUUACUAUGAGGGAACUCGUCGAACAUGGCAAUAAGGUGGUCAAAGCCCGCGCGAACGUUGCCCGACUGAUUCUUCAAGUGGAAUGA